AUGAAAGGCAUUGCAUGCUUCUGUUCUAUUCAGACUGGAACAUAUCGUGUUGUGUCUGAGGAGGAGCAGUCUCUCCGUGCCAAGCUUGAGCGUCUCACUACUAAAGACCAUGGCCCAGUGUUUGGGAAAUGUGAAAAAAUCCCAGAACACACAGUGCAGAAGGCCAAAGAUGAGCUAAAUGAGACAACGGAGACAAGAGAUGCAGCUAUAAAAGAACUUCGACAGCUAAUUAAAGAAAAAGCUAACACAGGGGAUAACCUGUGUAAAUCAGUUGCAGAGAAGGUCAUAACUCAAGAUGACAAUUUCCUUCUGAGGUUUAUACGGGCCCGUAAAUUUGAGGUGAACAGGUCUUAUGAACUCUUGAAAGGCUAUGUAAACUUCCGCCAGCAAUACCCUGAACUAUUUGAAAACUUGACACCAGAGGCGGUGCGCAGUACUAUAGAAGCCGGUUACCCUGGGAUUUUGGCCAGCAGAGAUAAAUAUGGGCGAGUGAUUCUCCUUUUUAAUAUUGAAAACUGGGACUACGAGGAAAUAACAUUUGAUGAGAUCCUACGUGCAUAUUGCAUUAUUCUGGAGAGUUUGCUGCAAAAUGAAGAAACUCAGAUAAAUGGAUUCUGUAUCAUUGAGAAUUUUAAAGGCUUCACGAUGCAACAGGCUUCAGGCAUCAAACCUUCUGAGCUGAAGAAAAUGGUGGACAUGCUGCAGGACUCAUUUCCAGCAAGAUUUAAGGCAGUUCAUUUUAUAUAUCAGCCCUGGUACUUUACAACAACUUAUAAUGUUGUGAAACCUUUCCUGAAAAGUAAACUCCUUGAAAGGGUUUUUGUGCAUGGAGAUGAUCUUGAAUCUUUCAACAAAGAGAUACAUGCUGACAUCUUGCCAUCUGACUUUGGAGGAAACUUACCCAAAUAUGAUGGAAGAGUUAUUGCUGAGAAACUGUUUGGGCCAAGAAAUGAAUCCGAAGAUACAGCUCUUUAAAAAAUCAAAAACAUGUUUUUGUAUUAGUAUGAAAAUGUAAAGUUAUUAAAAUGGUAGUUCUUUUACAGCAAUCAUAAGUUCCACAUGAAAUCUGGUUAAUUUAAAUCUGCAGGCUGAUAGUAAAUCUGUUUGUGCCAAUGUGUAAAAGCAAGUUAUCUUACAUGAAAGGGAGUAAA